UCAAAUCACAAGGUCACUAUUUGGCAAAAAAGAAGGGGAGGGGAGGGGCUCAGCCGUGGAAUUUGGGUUGCCUGCAAACGGAGGCUGUUGAGCGGGAGACGAAAUAAACUAGCAACAUAUCUUAACAAUUCAGCUGGACUCUGGAGUUUUCCGGCCCGGGCUCCCCCGAGGAGCGGGAACGUUUCCGCGGAGCGCCGCCACCCCUGCAUGGUGGUGCCCGACUGCCCCCCCGCGCCCCCCCCCCGCCGACGCGUCCCCACCGGCCCGGGUAGCGGUGCAGCCUUUUCACCCUAGUCCGGCAGCGUGGCUGCUCACCUCAUUCCUGAUGAAUGAAGACCCCAUUCGGGAAGACUGCAGGCCAGAGGUCCAGAGCUGAUGCAGGGCACGCAGGUGUUUCUGCAAGUAUGAUGAAAAAGAAAAACUCCCACAAGAAGCAGCGGAGCAGCGUGGGUCCGGGGAAGCCGGUGGCGCAGCCGCGGCGGAACAUGGUGGGCUGCCGGAUCCAGCACAACUGGAAGGAGGGGGGCGGGCAGGCCACGCAGUGGAAGGGCACAGUGCUGGACCAGGUGCCCGUCAACCCCUCCCUCUACCUGAUCAAGUACGACGGCUUCGACUGCGUCUACGGCCUGGAGCUGCACAAGGACGAGCGCGUGCAGAACCUGGAGGUGCUGCCGGAUCGAAUCGCCUCCUCGCGGAUCAGCGACGCCCACCUGGCGGACACCAUGAUCGGGAAGGCGGUGGAGCACAUGUUCGAGACGGAGGACGGGUCCAAGGACGAGUGGCGGGGCAUGGUGCUGGCGCGGGCUCCCAUCAUGAACACCUGGUUUUACAUCACCUACGAGAAGGACCCCGUUUUAUACAUGUACCAGCUCCUAGACGACUACAAAGAGGGAGACCUGCGGAUAAUGCCUGAUUCAAAUGACUCCCCCCCCGCGGAGAGAGAGCCGGGGGAGGUGGUGGACAGCCUGGUGGGCAAGCAGGUGGAGUACGCCAAAGAAGACGGCACCAAAAGGACUGGCAUGGUCAUCCAUCAGGUGGAGGCCAAGCCGUCGGUGUACUUCAUCAAGUUCGACGACGACUUCCACAUUUACGUCUACGACCUGGUCAAAACGUCCUAGGCCUUUCACCGGGAGAGGAGAGCGCCGUCGGGAGGCGAAUCCUACAGACUUUGCCAAAUCGUUUUUUGGACAUUCUUGCCCCCCUCCCCCCCACCCCACGCGACAGCUUGAAACAAGAUGGACGAUAUCUUCACGGGCUAUCGAGGAAGCCUGUCCCCCCCCUCCCUUCCCCCUAUGAAAAGGGAUCUUGUUUAUUUCCAGUUGAAGAGAGAGCUCUGCACAGCUUUAAAAUAUUGACCAGCUGUGUUUUCUGUUUCAGAGACCAAGUCUGGAAAAAAAUCGAUAUAUCGUUUUUGUUGCCAUGAAAAGAAAGGGUUUCUAUCUUUCUAUGAUAUGUUUACUUAAAUAGCGUAUGGGGCAUAGACACAUAUAUCCUUAAAAUACUUAAGAGAGUUUAACGCUUUAGUGCAGUUCUAAAAAAGAAAAGGUAUUCAAACACUUCUAAAGUUUUUUUUUUUUUUGGAAAUCUUAAUAUCCUUUUGAUCUGUACUACUUCUACACACUCUAAAAGUGAUCAACAGUACAGUGUAAAACAUCUAGCUUUGAUGACUCCAGAUUUGUAAAAGGACUUAAUCCUGUGGCAAAUUUAAAAAACAACUAAAAUAUUGUCUUUAUUGUUUCAAAUUUUACAAUGACAUGUAUAGAUUUGUAGUCUUCUUUAAUCUGAGUUGGAAUUAAAUAUUGUGGCACAUAACUAAAUUUUUUUUCUCGGAGAAACGUUUUAUUCCAGAAUGCAUUUUUCAUGUCUUUAUCCUCUCAUCUAAGUAUUGUUUUUCAAAUUAUCUUUACCACACUGUAGUUCCUAACAGAGGUAAAGCUGUUCACCCUUUCUCAAAAUGCACUGCUCGCUUUUAGUCACAAAGUGACAAAGUAACAUUGAAUAGCUUAACGAGUGAAAUGAACAGUAUUUGAAAUUACAUUAAAAUAGCAACAAAUGGUUUUUCUGUAUUUUCCAACGUGAGUAUGCAACAGGGCAAAUUGUCGUUAUUUUUAAGGCCGUACCUAACAACAGUUUGGAAUCUUUGUCCCCACUACAGCUGCUUUUAAUUUUGCCUAAUUCAGUUUAAGCCUUAAGGCACACGCCUCCUUAAAACUAUGAAUGACAUCGGAACAGCAGAACAGAUCAUCGACGCAUUCCCUUCACACAAAAAAACCCACUGUCCAGAAUGGGUAACCAAAAAGGCCUCUAUGGACGUUUCCAGUGCCGUUCACCGAGAACCCUAAACGCUGAGAACCCACAGCCAUAAGUCCUGUUCAUCCUGAUAGUGGACAGUGUUUCUGUGAGCCUCUGAAGGUUCAUAUUUUGUAUUUGUACACAAAUAGCAGUGAAAGCAAAAUAAUAGCCCCCGUUUUGGAGAACAGGUCCUCUUUCAGUCUGACGUCAGUGUGCAUUGUCAUUAGUUUUUGCUUAAAAAAAGUUCAGUGAUGAACUCAGUGGGGUAGGCUAUAUUCAUAAAGCAGCUGGUACCUGGCAGCCUAAAGCUGUUUUUUGCCAUCGCCUUAUUAACCUUAAUGUCUGUGUUAGCAUGUAUGUGAUGGACACCAUCGUUAUGGAAACAGCACUGAUACAGUAGUAGUUGCUAGGCUGUCGAAAAUCAGUAUGUAAAUGAUGUAAUAUCUAUGCGAGCACUAACGAGGAUGUCCAGCUAACAGCCAGAGGGAGACUGGUCCUUCAUGUGAAGCACGGCAGGUGCUCUGUGAAGCAUCGGUGAGCUCUGAUAGCCACGCUGUGCGCUGGACUACAGAGGCAGCGCAGCCUGCUCUCCUGACAGUGCCCACGCGAUACAUAUCCAUUCUCCACCUCGGUCACCGCUGCGCUCGCGUUCUCGUCAUCGCAAAUGACCGGUCUUGACAAUCUGCGGUUUCCGUGACGUUACGCGGUUUUUCGGACGCCGCGGACAAUCGGCCCCCUCUAGCUGCUGAAAGCCCGAGACGGGACUGGCGUGAGAUUUUAGCGGUAGAGCUACGGAGGUGUCCUUUCGUGCACACUAAAUCGUCCAGUGCUAAUUCAGCUCUACCCCGGUUCAUAUUGAGACCGUAUGUACCAUGUAAAGAGUUGAUUUAACACUGAGCAUUUUGCUGUGUGGAUAUUUGAGAUUGCUUGCUGGAAAGGGGCUUUUUUAUGUCAAUACCAAAGCAGCCGGAUAGCAUUCGGCUUACACUUUCAUGCAUUUAUAAAUGAAACAGUUUCAGCGGCGUUUAGCAUUGCCAUGAACGUUAUGGAUCUACCCCAUUGUGUUCAGAGAGAACUGAAAAAGAAAAUGGUACAAUUUGCAAUUUGUGCAAAAUGUAUUUAAAAAAAUAUUUCAACACUGCUUAGACUGAUUUCAUAAUCAAAAGGACAUUACACAUUCAGACUGAAUGGAGGCCUUCCUGUUCUUUAACAAGGAUGGAUAUUCAAGUGGCCAAAAAAAUGAAUAGUAUUGGCAGCUGACAAUGUAGUAUUGUUAAUAAUGUUUAUAUUGUUUAUAUUGUUACUGUGUAUUGCCAGUGCUUUUUUUUCCUAUUCUCUCCAUAAAGCUGACCUCCCCCCAUUACGCUGCUGAUGAUGCUUGCUUUGUGUGCGAAAAGAACAGGAACCUGUUCAGAAAUACAGCUUAACUCACUCCUGUGUGCAAAAAAAAAAAAAGAAAAGAAAAAAAACUUGCUGUUUAUUGCUUUCUUAUACUUACAGGACAGUCAUUCGCUUGGGGUUCAAGUUUCAGAGCGACAUGCACCUCUUGUUACCCCGGUAACUAAAUGCAAGGCCCUCGUUACAGGGUUCCAUUUUAUUCCAAACUGCCAAAGGGGCUUGUGUGGGUGCAAGGCCUAGUCCGGCAUGUGUGAGAUUUACUGUCCUUUUCACAUUUACCUACUGUAGUAUUGUACCGUGUUUGAUGUCAGUUCCGCAUUGAACGUUAUUUAGAGAACAGACCAUUCUUUUUUGCAUGCGUAGAAAAGUUUGUUACUUAGUGUGAACUGCAUGUCUGAUUCUUCUUUUUUAUUUUUUAUUAAAAAAAAGGUAAUUUAUGUUACUUACAUAUGCUAUUUGUAAGUUUUGUUUUCGGUUAGGCCUAGAUUCAAACCAACUGCAAUGCACUUUGUCGAUAAAGUUUGAGUACCCAUGCCUAUAAGUUUUUUUUUUGUUUGUCAUCUCCUACAUGUUUUUUUUUUUUUUUGGGUCUUUUUCACUUAUCCCAGAACUCGUUGCAGUAUUUUCUGUAAAUAUUGAAGGGGAGAGCUGUCGAGUAAUUUGAUACUUAGACAAAGUGCUUUGCGGCUUGAUUUAAUAGGGUCCUUAUUUUUAAACUUUUGAUCUGAGAGGAUCAAAUGCACUGGUAUUGCAAAGAGUGCCAAUGAACUGGAAAGUUACCAGUGUUGUACAGCAUUUGAGGGAUCAUAUCAUUUCCAAAAGAAUAUAAAUUCCUCUAAAACAGGCAGAUAAUUUCAAUGUAUCCUUAUGAGUGCCAUAAAGUAUAUACACAAGGAUAAAUGGCCUUUUGUGGCAGGGGAAAGGUGUGCUUGUGUGAAUGUGUAUUUCCGUAUGUGUGAGUGUGUGUAUUUCUGCGUGUGUGUGUGUGUGUGUUUCCGUAUGUGUGUCUGUGUGCGUGUGUUGUAAAAAAUAAAAAAAAUAUUGUGUACAUUUUAAGUUAAACACACUUCUUUUUUCAGAGGUAUAUAGUGAACAAAGUGAAGAGACUACACUAUGGUCCCUUUGAGAUGCUGUCACUUUCUAAUUUUAUUUUGUGUAAUACAGUGCAAUUUUCUGGCGAAGGGUACAUGUGGAGUUUAAAGGUCUUCAUGGUUUUUGCGUCUAGGUAAAUGGCUUAUAUUGGACAGCUUGUUCAUUUUGUUUUUGGAACAAUGUAGAUAGUUCGUUAUUUGCAUUUAGUAAAGUAUCAACACUUUAAAACAUGUUACUUAAUUCUGUAAGUAAUUUUUAUAAUUAUGUAAGUCUAUCAUAACAUUUAAAAAUAAAAAAUUAAUGUGAAA